CUUACGUAAUGUGUUUAGUUACCACAAUCUCAGUCUAACCUUUGCAGUUAUGUUGAAAACCGCCUUCGUCUUGGGAGCCACGGGAGCUGUUGGCACGCAGUUAGUCGAAGCUCUGCUCAAAUCCAAACAAUUCAAGAAAAUUGUCAUCAUCGGAAGAAGAAAAAUUCCACAGGAGAAUGAGUCCAUAGAACAAGUUAUUGUCAACUUCGAUGAAAUUGAAAAACAUUCGGAUUCCUUCAAGGAUGUAGACGUUGGCUUCUGCGCUUUAGGUACGACUCGAGGUAAAGCCGGUAAGGAAGGCUUUUACAAGGUCGAUCAUGAUUAUGUUGUGAACUCAGCAAAGGUAGCCAAGGAGCAAGGUGUGAAGGAGUUUGUGCUUGUCACUGCUGCUGGAGCGAAUGAAAAUUCAUUCUUUUUAUACCCCAAGACAAAGGGCGAAACUGAGCGGGACGUCGAUGCCCUGGGAUUUGAUAAAUUUCUCAUCAUGCACCCUGGCUUUUUGGAAGGCCCAAGAGAAGAAUCUCGACUCCUCGAAUCUAUCGCAAAGCUCGCAAUAAAGCCAGUGAAGCUUUUUACAAACUCUGUCGCCAUCUCUACAGAGGAUGUUGCUAAAGCAAUGAUUGUUGGUGCUUGCUCCAGUGAGCUAAAAGGUAAAGUGAUUUGGGAUAAUGCGACGAUGAUAGAGAAGACGAAGGCUUUUGAUGAUCUUUGCAAGCAGAGCACAACCUAAAAUUGCCAUCCUUUGGCAUUCUCUUGAAAGCUUCUUGAAUUUGCAUAUCCUGCCCAUGUUUUAUUUUGCUUUUAACCGUUCUCAUAUGUGUACAUAAAGAAUUAGCAAG